CAGUCGCCCCGCUACGCGCAGGGGUUGCUGGGCUGUGGAGGCCGGCGUGAAUUGAGAACGGGGCCCUGAUGCUACCUCGUGGGUGAGGUGAGCGCGGCGUCCGCCUUCCUCCCUCCGUCUUUUUUGCUCCACGGAGCGCCGCGCGGAGGCGGCGGAUGGCCGUGUGGGCGCGGCAGGUCGCCCGCUGCGGCUGGCUGAGGGCCGCCGGCUUGCUGGGCCUGAGGAGCCGCAGCGGCGCCGCGCGGGCGUGCUGUGGGGCGGCCCCGCUGCCUGCGCUGCUAUCUGGGCACAGGCUUCCUCCGUGGAGGCUGCGCGUAUCAGUAGAUUGUGCUCAGCCCUCCCGUGCCAAAGGCGAGGCCUGUGCUCCCAGAAGCAGCCUGCCUGUAGCAGUAAAGCAGGAGCAGGCGGCACCAGAGACAGUCUCUGACCUGAGCGCAGCCAAACUAUAUGAAGACUGGGACGAUGUUCCACCUUCAUCUGCUUUGGAGGAGAUUUCCGAGGAAGAAGCUGUGAAGAUCAUUGCAGAUCCACUUCUUCCCCCUCAGUCUUCCACUCUUCGAGAUUAUGUUGAUCACUCAGAAACCCUGACCAAACUUGUCCAUCUAGGAGUUGACUUAUCUCAAGUGGAGAAACGUCAAAAGGCAGGUCAACUCUUACUGACCUUGGACUUUGAAAAAGAUAUAACUAAAAUACUUCUGUUUCUGAAGGAUGUGGGUAUAGAAGACAAUCAACUGGGACCGUUCCUGACCAAAAAUCCAUACAUCCUUGGUGAAGAGCUGGAAGCUCUAGAAACCAGAGUGGCUUACCUAAAAUCAAAAAAAUUCGGUAAUGCAGAAAUUACUCAGAUGGUCUCAAGAGCUCCAUAUUUGCUGUUGUUUUCAGUGGAAAGACUGGAUAACAGACUGGGUUUCUUCAAAAAUGAACUCGGCCUCAGUGUAAAAAAGACAAAGGAUCUGGUAAUUCGUUUUCCAAGGCUGCUGACUGGCAAAUUAGAGCCUGUAAAAGAGAAUCUCCAGGUUUGUCAGGUUGAAUUUGGUUUUGAACGUAAUGAAGUUCAGCAGAUUGCAUUUAAAACCCCCAAGAUUUUAACUGCAAGUAAAAAGAGACUCAGACAGACAUUUGACUACCUGCACAACAUAAUGGGCAUUCCCCACAACAUGCUUACUCGCUUUCCUCAGGUUUUCAACUCAAAGCUAUUACGAAUCAAAGAGAGACAUAUGUUUCUUAUAUUCUUGGGAAGAGCCCAGUAUGACCCAACAAAACCCAGCUACAUCUCUCUGGACCAGCUCGUGUCCUUACCUGAUGAGGUGUUUUGUACAGAGAUUGCCAAAGCCUCUAUGCAGGACUUUGAAAAAUUCUUAAAAACCAUUUAAUUAUUUACACAUGUAGAAAGGAAUAAAAUAAAGUUAUGAAAUAAAUUUUUUUUAAAA